GUAUUUCUGCGCAGAAUCUGAAUCGUUACAACAUAUCCUGUAUUUCCUGGUGACGUGCAGCUUCAUACUGGAGCAAGGCAAAAGUGAGUCAAGGCGAUCGUUUUGUUAUUAAAUUAAACAGGGGACGGUUCUUAGAACGAAAAUGUUCAAGGGUUGGGGGACGUGGCUAGGACUAGAGACAGCCGCAAAGCCAGUGGAGAAUGAACCGGGCGAUGUUGUCUUAGAAGCGGAGACAGCCGAACCAAAAGAAAGUGAAGUUGAAAAACAAGAGGUGAAUGUGCGGGGGGAUGAAGAGGUUCCAGCUCAACAACUUCUCCUGCAAGCUAAAGGCUUUAGCGGUUACCUGUAUAAUUUUGCAACCACUGCUACAAAGAAGAUAUCCGAGUCGGUGACAGAGACAGCGCAGACUAUCAAGAAAAGUGUGGAAGAGGGAAAUAUCGAUGUGAUAAUUGAUAAGACAUUUCUAGGGGAUUUUCAGAAAGAACAGGAAAAAUUUGUCCUGGAGAAGCAUGCAAAAAAGACAGAUGCAGCAGUGCCUCCUUGGGUUGGCUACAGUGAGGAAGAGACAAUACAGCAACAGAUCUUGGCCUUAUCAGCGGACAGGAGGAACUUCCUGCGGGACCCCCCUGCUGGGGUGCACUUCCACUUUGACUUUGACCAAAUGUUCCCCAUUGCUCUGGUCAUGCUGCAGGAGGACGAGCUUCUCAACCGGAUGCGCUUCGACCUGGUCCCCAAACAUGUGAAGGAGGCAGCGUUCUGGAGGAACUACUUCUACCGCGUCUCCCUCAUAAAGCAGUCCGCCCAGCUCACGGCCCUGGCAGCUCAGCAGCAGGCUGCAGAGAAGGUGGAGGAGGACAAGGACGGUGCUAGCCCUGAAAAUGUGCACCUGACAGAGAACAUCAUGCCGAAAACCCCUCCCACCACCAUCAAAACGACAGCAAAGGCCAAUGAACACGAGGAUGAGGAGAUAUCCACCAGCCCCGGCGUGUCGGAGUUCGUGAGCGACGCCUUCGACUCCUGCGACUUCAACCAGGAGGACCUGCGCAAGGAGAUGGAGCAGCUGGUGCUGGAGAAGAAGACUGAGGAGGCCGCCCCAGACGACGAGACUGCUGACUGGGAGAAGGAGCUUCAGCGGGAGCUGCAGGAGUACGAGGUGGUGGCGGGCUCUGAGAACCGCGAUGACAACUGGGACCGGGAGAUUGAGGAGAUGCUGCAAGCUGAGGGCUAGGUCAGCUGUCCCGGGAUGCCCUGUCCCCACCCGCCCCCCCCACAAACCCACCGCAGUGGGGCGUCGCCCCACAGGAAAACAACCUCAUCAACAGCGUCCAAGUCAAGCAGUUACGGAUGCCCAUUUGCCACUGUAGAGCCCGGACCUGGCUGGCGUGGGCUGGAGCCAGAGCUGGCUGACCCGCGGUUGGAACGGAAGCCCCGCCCCCAGAGCUGUCUGUGGCGCGCCACGCCACACAGACGGAGACAACCGCCUGGACCUCCUCCACAGAACAAGACUGAGCGUUUUCUCAAACAGGCGAGAGUCCACAUUUCUUUGAUCUACCUCUGCUUGUUUGCCGCGGUCAGUGAUGACAGCGCACUCCUUCUGUCCUCCUUCCCUGGGGUUAAGCGCCAGCGCCAGUCACGUAGACAUAACUGGGCAUCUAGACAGCUCCUCCCACAGCCUGUGAGCCAAUAAGGGACAGCGCUAUAAAAGAUCCUGAAAUUUAAGCAAACAAGCCUGACUCCAGCCGUACAGUGGAAAAGGGGCAUAAGACUCCUCUCUUCGCACUUUCCACAACCUUAUGCUCCAGGUCAGGUGAUGAGUAGAGGAGCGAACAUGUUUUAUAAUCAUUGAAUUGUGUAAGUUGAUUCAGACACCUUAUGAAAACUGUUACUCUGAAUACAGCACAAUUUACAACGCAUUCAUUUCUUUCCACACUAGGCAAGAGGGGUAUUGAUUUUAUAAUAUGUAGAUGAAGUGCCAUACUGCAAACUAACGCUAUGCAUAUCCUUGUAAUUCUGUGAAAAAUGCACUAUAUGAUCAAAAGUAUCUGGACACCCCUUGGUCUGGGGCUGUUUUUUGUGGUUUGGGCUAGGCCCCUUGGUUCCAGUGAAGGCAAAUCUUACUGCUACUGCAUACAAUCACAAUCUAGAUGAUUCUGUGCUUCCGCAACAGUUUGUGAAAGGCCAUUUCCUGUCUCAGCAUGACAGUGCCCCUGCACACAGCAAGAUCCAUAUACAAGUGGUUUUGUCGAGAACGGUGAGGGAGAACUUGACUGGCCUGCACAGAGCCCUGACCUCAACCCCAUCCAAAAUAUUUGGGAUCAGUUGGAAAGCCAGCUGCGAGCCAGGCCUAAUCGCCCAAUCAGUGCCCAACCUCACUUAUGCCCAUAAUUUUGAAUGAGAUAUCAGGUGUCCACAUACUUUUGGCCAUGUAGUGUAUAAAACCUGUUAUUGUAUAUGGACACAAUGUUCCUAUCUCAGUUCUUAGCACUAUUAGCAUUUUUGUAUUUUUGAAAUCAAGAUAUUUUAAAAUAAAUAAAUAGAUAAAAUGAGGUUGAGGUCCCUGAAACAAAAAUCCAGGAAGUCAACUCCACCAGAUGUAAUGUAAGGGACUACAAUCAUGCAUGUGAAUCCUACACAGGCAGCUGCCCCACACCGCAGCUGUUACCAUCAACAUGGUGUCUCCUAAUCUGGACAUCUUUUUCACCAACACCGUUCGCAUUGCAGCCCUUUAAAUCAAGCUCACAUCUACAUAUUAAAUUUAACCCCACAUUUUGCUGUUUACAUAUACUUUCGUUCUUUUUGGGGUUUUUUUCUAAGCUCAACACCUUGAAAAAUGGAUGCAAGUAAUAGAUUGGUUUUCUCCUCAUGUGCAGAUCUUACUCUCUUUUUGAUUGGUAGAUAAGUGACGUGUCUUGGCCAAUCACACGACAGGAAAAUAAUAUGCUGCGUGACCAAAGAGAAUGGCAACAUGUUAGAUCACCCUUUCCCCAAAUGGUCCCAACAAAUCAAUCCACAUCGACCUGCCUUUACUCCCAAUAUUUAGAAAAGUUAUCGCUAUUCUCAGAUAAUGAUGAAGUAACUGCAUGGCCAGUGGAGCUUUGCAAAGUCUGUGGAUUGGGAAGAACAGAAGAAAAGUUUUAUUGUUUGAUCCCUGUAUGUUACUUCUAUGUGUGUCAGUGAGCGACACUGGCUUAAUCUGUUUAAAUAGAAUGGGUGAGGGUGAGUUUUGCAUUUCUGUAGCCUUGUAUUCAUUCUGUGUUCAUUCCCCGUUCAAAAAGUUUGGGUGCUGUUGUACUUGUAAACGUGCAAUGGGUUCCUCCAACCAGUAUUUUAGGUAAUAUUACCUGUAGAUGUAUUUGCUAUGGACAAUCUCAACUGUUAAGUAUUUCUCAACUGGUAGUUCGGUGGAAUAAGUAAAACCUUCAUACGUAAUAUGGAAUAUGUAAAAGCUUAUGUAGUUCAUUUCUGUCACUAUUAAAAUAAAAAUACUGCCUUGGUGUGAUACCA